UCCUCUCCAAUAGCUCCACUAUUGCCUCUGCCAGCCAUUCCGUGAACGAAGUAUGAGCAAGCACUCAGGCUACACAGUCACAUAUGCUGACGACGACGACGGCAACUCUUCCAAGGACAACCCCGUCUACUAACAACUACAUGAAGAUCCUUUGCGUUCGUCUUGGGCCCGUCUACGUAGGAAGAUUGAGCUGUGUUGUCGUGCUGAACCCAACCAGCGUUACACGGAACAGCCGAGCAACACUGCCAGCAGUCAAAGAACAUGCCCUUGAGUACGACUUGCCAAGGCUGUCAGGAGACUCGUUCCUAAGUGCUAUGAGUGGACAAUCAAGCGAACGCAGCGGCUGGUAGGGUAGUGCGAAGCCAAAACCAUGGCUCGUUGCAACCGAUAAUGGCUCGUGAUGCGCCACGCAUCCUAACGAAAGCGACUGCCAAUGUAUGAUGGACCACCGAAGUCC